AUGAGGCGGAAAAAGCACAAGUCAAUGCGACGAAUAGUGCGCUACUAUCAGGUGACGCACGGCUUCCGCACGCCGUUCAAGGUUCUCCUGGACGGCAACUUCGUCCACGCCGUCGAGAGCGCCCAGCACCUCGGGGCUCCGCAGGCGCACGUCGAGAAGCUCCUCGGAGCCACUUGCAAGCUGUUCGUCACCAGGUGCGUCAUGAACGAGCUCCGCGCGAUGGGCAAGGAGUUUGCGGGCACCACCGCAGCUGCGCGGAAGCUCGCCCUCGCGCACUGCGACCACGAGAGCGCGCCCCUGAGCGCCGCGGACUGCAUCCUCAGCAUGGUGGGGUCCGGCAACCGCGACCACUUCUGGGUCGCGACGCAGGACAGGAAGGUGAGGAAGCGGCUCGCGGAGGUGCCGGGGGCCCCGGCGAUGUUCCUGACGGUGAACGGCUUCAUGCUCGAGGCCCCCCCGGGACUGGACCUGGAGCGGACCAAGGCGGAGCACGACAAGACGCUCGGGCUCACGGACCACGAGCGCGAGGCGCUCAAGGGCAUGACGUUCUCGGACAUCGGCAUCAAGACCAGCGUGAGGUUCAAGAAGCAGGGGGCCAAGGGACCCAACCCGCUCAGCGUGAAGAAGAAGGAGAAGAAGAAGGCGGGCGCGGGGGCGAAGGUCGACGGCGGGGCGCAGGGCGAAGCGGGGGGCAGGAAGCGCAAGCGGAGGCGUGGGAGGGCAAAGAGCGAAGGCGACGGCGCCGGGGGUGACUGA